CCGGCUGGUGGCAGACACCUACCCCGUCCCAAGCCCGCACCGCCCGAGGACACGCAGCGGACGGCCUGCCGCAAACCCACGUCCAGUGUGGGCAGAGGCUGCGCCUCCGGAGAGGGGGCGCCCCGGGGCUGGCCCCGCCGCAGGACGGGCGGCCGGCGCUGCCCACGGCCCGGUCCCGCCCCAGCGCCGCCCCCGCGCUGGCGCCGCCGCUGAUCGCGUCCCGCCGCGGCGCAGGCGCAGUGUAGGGGCCGCGGCGCUGCCGGGCGGGCCGAGCGGGGCCAUGCCGCUGCCGGGCGGGCCGGCGGGGGCCAUGGGGGCGGCGGUGGGGCCCGUCAGCCUGCGGGAGCUGCUCCUGGGCGCCACGGCCGGCGCCGAGGGGGGGGGCGCGGCGGGCGGCGAUGAGGAGGUGUGCGUGGUGGGCAUCUUUGGGAAGACGGCGCUGCAGCUGUGCUCGGAGAAGGCGGCCCUGGUGAGCACCGUGUGCGACCGGCAGGUCUUCCCCCUCUUCGGGCAGGAGGAUCCCGAGCUGGAGGACGGCGGCUCCGGGCAGGAGUGCGACCCGGUGGCAAAGGACUACAACGAGUUGCAGGCCUACUACAGCCAGGAGAACCGGGUGCUGUACCUGGUGCUCACCUCCAUCUGCGACACGCCGCAGCUGCUGCGGGCCUGCGGGGACCUGGCGGCGGCCGAGAGGAGGGAGAGCGGGCCCGGCCACCCCUCCGGGGGCCCGGCCCCACUGCCUCACGCCGAGGCCCACGAGUUCUGGAAGCACCAGGAGAAGCUGCACUGCCUGAGCCUCCUCUACCUCUUCUCCGUUUGCCACAUCCUGCUGCUGGUGCACCCCACCUGCUCCUUCGACAUCACCUACGACCGCGUCUUCAGGGCGCUGGACGGGUUGCGGCAGAAGGUCCUGCCCUCCCUGAAGGCCGCCAUCAAGGACUGCCCGGUCGGCAAGGAGUGGAAGCUCAACUGCAGGCCGUGCCCUCCGCGCCUCCUCUUCCUCUUCCAGCUCAACGGGGCCCUGAAGGUGGAUCCCCUCCCGAGCAGGGGCCAGGACCCCUGCGGUCACCUGGAAAAGCCACCCCCCAAGAAGCACUCCCCGAAGAGGAGGCUGCAGCACGCGCUGGAGGAUCAGAUCUACCGCAUCUUCCGCAAGAGCAGGGUGUUAACCAACCAGAGCAUCAACUGCCUGUUCACCGUGCCGGCUAACCAGGCUUUUGUGUACAUUGUGGCUGGUGGGGCCCUGGACGGAGACGAUCCAGUGGCCAUGCUUCUUGACCAGCUCAGGAGCAACUGCACCAUGAGAGAGACUGACUCACUGCUGGCUCCAGCCCUGUCGGGACCCAGGAGGUACCAGAUGAUGCGGCAUGGCAGGCAGCAGCUGUCCUUCCAUGCAGAGAGCAGCAGCUCCAGCUCCUCCGGGCAGCUUGUGGACUGCACCCUCAAGGAGUUCUUAUGGCAGCACGUGGAGCUGGUGCUCAGCAAGAAGGGCUUCGACGACAGUGUGGGGAGGAACCCGCAGCCCUCUCACUUUGAGCUCCCAACCUACCAGAAGUGGGUUUCUGCAGCUUUAAAACUGUAUGAAGUGACCAUUGAAGGCAAAGAUGACGACCCGACCUCUCUCACUGGGGAACUGAGCUCAAAAAUCAUGAGCAGCAUCAAAGUCUUGGAAGGCUAUUUAGAUAUAGACACCAAGUUCUCAGAAAACCGUUGCCAGAAGGCUCUACCCAUGGCCCACAGCGCCUAUCAGUCCAACCUGCCCCACAACUACACCAUGACGGUCCAUAAGAACCAGCUGGCACAGGCCUUGCGUGUGUACAGCCAGCAUGCCCGCGGCCCAGCCUUUCAUAAGUAUGCCAUGCAGCUUAACGAGGACUGCUACAAGUUCUGGAGCAACGGGCAUCAGCUCUGUGAAGAGCGAAGUUUAACUGAUCAGCACUGUGUGCAUAAGUUUCAUCUGCUCCCAAAAGCAGGGGAAAAGCCAGAGGCAGACAGAAAUCCUCCAGUUCUGUACCACAACAGCCGGGCUCGUUCCACUGGUGCCUGUAACUGUGGAAGGAAGCAAGCUCCACGGGAUGACCCCUUUGAUAUCAAAGCAGCUAAUUACGACUUUUAUCAGCUGCUGGAAGAAAAAUGCUGUGGGAAACUGGAGCACAUCAACUUUCCCGUAUUUCAGCCAAGCACACCUGAUCCAGCGCCCGCUCGGGAUGAGUCAUCACCUGCCCCUCCGGAAGGCGAGAUUGAGAAACUUAAAGAAAAAGAACCUCAGACUCAGGGAGAAAGCACAGGCCUGAGCUUAGCCCUCAGCCUGGGUCAGUCGACGGGCAGCUUGGGCACUUACCCACCUGAUGCCCAGGGGGGAGGGGAAAACACAGAAAGCCAUGGGCAGAGUGGAGACUCCAAAAGCGAGAAAAGGCCGAGCCUGGUAGACCGCCAGGCAUCCACUGUCGAGUACCUCCCAGGGAUGCUCCAUUCGAAUUGCCCCAAAGGCCUUUUGCCCAAAUUCUCCAGCUGGUCGCUGGUUAAGCUGGGGCCUGCUAAGGCUUAUAACUUCCACACAGGCUUAGAUCAACAAGGCUUUAUCCCGGGAACAAACUAUUUAAUGCCUUGGGACAUUGUCAUCAGGACGAGAACUGAAGAUGAAGGAGACUUAGAUACCAAUUCCUGGCCUGCACCUAACAAGGCCGUUCCUGGAAAAAGAAGUGCGGUGGUGAUGGGAAGAGGAAGACGGAGAGAUGACAUAGCUCGAGCUUUUGUAGGAUUUGAGUACGAAGAUGCACGCGGUAGGAGGUUCAUGUGUUCAGGGCCUGAUAAGGUGAUGAAAGUGAUGGGAGGGGGGCCAAAGGAAUCCGCCAUCAAAGCCCUCAAUUCUGACAUGCCGCUGUACAUCCUGUCCUCGACUCAAGGCCGAGGACUCAAGCCACAUUACGCUCAGUUCAUGAGACUCUUUGUGGUGGUUCCUGAUGCUCCGCUGCAGAUCACGUUAACGCCUCAGGUUCAGCCAGGGCCACCGCCUUGUCCGGUGUUUUACCCUGAGAAGCAGGAAAUAACCCUUCCGUCUGAUGGACUAUGGGUGCUUAGAUUUCCUUACGCCUACGUGACAGAACGUGGACCCUGCUUUCCUCCCAAAGAAAGCCAACAAUUAAUGAGUUACAAAGUUCUCCGAGGAAUACUGAAAGCAAUUACACAAUAAGAAUUAUUCUGGUAGAUUAAAUUUAGUUUUAAAAGACUGUCUUCAAUCCAAAUCAUGGAUCUCGCACCAUGUCUGUUAUCCAACAGCUAUCAUUGCAAGCCCACUGCAUUUCACUGGAACACAGUCAGGUUGAAAAUAAAGUUUGAUAUCAAAGGAGAGAAAGGAAUCUGAGGCAUAUACAGUUUCUGUUCAUUGGAUUUUCAUAUGUAAAAAGUAAAAGCUGGUUGUGGUAAUGUACUGAGCUUGUAUUACUAAAUGUUUUGAUGAUAGUGCUUUUCCACACACUACCUUCCUACAUACGUAUUUAGGAAUAUUUGAAAACGAGCACUGCCUGAAAUCAAGAGUUUCCUUUGUCAUAUUGAGGCAAUGAUGGGCAGAAUAUUUUCUUUUUCUCCAAACUAUUUGUAUGUAAACAAUAGACGCUUUGAAUGCAGUGAUGUUGGUUGUCUUUGAUCUUGUCUUAAAAAAAAAAAAAAAGAAAAAGCAUUGCAGUUCUGAUUUGUAUUAACACCUUGGCCAGAAGCGCUGCUUUCCUAUAUUAAGUUGAAAUAUUUUACUUUAUUUGUAUUCAUAGAUCAGAUUUUGUUAAUAGGCCAACUUGAUUUCAUAUUUGGGAAUGACAGGUCUCUUUGGAGACAAUCUGCUGGUAAAUCUGGGAGACAGUUUUAUAAGCUUGUUCAUUAUAGCUGACUGCAGCUUCAUUGUCAGUGCAGCUUGGCUUGUAGCGAUUAAAAAGAUUUUUUUGGUCGCUGAAA